CUUUAUUUUAAGUAUCAACUAUGCACUUAACCUCGCCCCUUUCCAUCGGUCUCUCGCUCUGCAUAGCUGCAGCUACUGGAUCCUGUCAUCCAUCAUCCGCGAAGCUCACAAGAUGCAUUGAGAAACCAUCUAUCAAUGCCACAGCGGACAACUACCCAGGCUCUGCUUCAUCAGCUCACAGCACAACCUAUCCAUAUAACGUCACCUGUCUCAACGAUGUUCCUGUUGCAGCAUCAGCCUGCAAGUCCAACGAUCCUGACGAAGCUCUUGCAUGUGCGCGCAAAUACAUCGAUGCCAUCGAUGAGCAGAUCAGCUUUCUGUACGCGCGUCGUCUAGGCUACGCUGCAGUCGCAGGAGCAGCCAAGUUCAAAAAUGGCACGGCUUUGAACGACCCCACCAGGAACCAGGCCGUUGCUGCCGGAAUGGCAGCCAGGGUUCUCAAGUACGGAGGCAGCGGGGAGACUGGCAGGAUCAUGGGUGGUGAAGGUUGCCAGAUCUAUGCUAGUCUUAAGUAUGAGGCUCAGCAGAUUCAGAACUGCGGUGGAAAGUUGAACGAGACCUUCGAGAGGGUCUGCAAGUGAGAAUCUUCAACAUGGGCGCAAAGGCGGGCGAAGUGAGAUAGUCUGAGGGAAGCAAUUGGAUGCAGCUGUCAAGAUGCAAAAUAGGGUUGAUUCGAAUGUUAGUGCGAAUCUAUCUGAGACUAUAAAAUUCUCAUCAUACGAGUCCUUGCGGCGGUCUGGCCAAUUCAGCAAUCGCCUAAACUUUGAGACAACUCUAAGUGACCGUUUUCAGGAAGGUCAAUUAGCAAUGACAUCUUGUUAAUUUCCUA